AUGUCAUGGUCAGAUGAUGAACCGAUUGAGCAUGUUUACAUAAAUCAAUUGAGCCCCUGUUUACAAUAUUCAAACAUGUCGGGUCUCAUUCGUUCCCAUGAAUCAAAUCAGCCAUCAGAUGGAUCAUCAGAUGAACAUGAACCACCACUUUCCUCUGAAUCUUCGCAUUCACAGGAUCAUGAAUCAAAUCAAACAGAAUCUGCACUUCCACAUGUGCUCGUCUACGAUGAACCCGAUGGAACGGGAUCUGCUUUACCGCAUGUGGUUGUGUUAUAUGACUAUCCGGCCAUUAUGCGAGCAUGGGAAGAAGAAGAAGAAGAAGAAGAAGCGGAAGACGAGAUUGAUGAAGAUGGAAUAAGUGAUACAAGUGAAACUUACUAUUUCGAUGACCCUGAUAAUGGUCGGGUGGCGCGUUACUAUCCUGAGGUCACUGAGCCUGUCUCUGAAGGUGUUGACUUGGAUCGCUCAGGUGAAUAUAGCAAGCCACCAGAACAUUACCACGCUUCCGUGAAGCGAUUGAAAGAUUAUUCUCAAAACUUGGUCGACGUGUUGGCUUCCGCUGAAAGCUCAUAUCGUCCGUUUGAUAAACGAAAGCUAGGGAAAAUGAACAUACCCAAUUCCAAUGGAACCGAAAUUGGAUUAUACGGUUCUCGUAUUUACAGCGGACAGUACUCAGAUGAUGGCACCUUUUUCUACACUUGCGCUCAGGGGUUCCGGGUCUAUAUAUACGACAUGACGGUUCCACCUGAGAGAACCAAAAAGAAUGUGUUAGAUACGUUCAACCAUCCAACUCGAUCUAUCUUCCAAUCAUUCGACAGUUCAGAAUCAAGUCACAUUUCAUCUAUCAAAUUAAUUCGAACCUUUCAAGCUCCUGCUCAUAAUUGUAGAUGGACUAUCACUGAUGCUAAUCUUAGCCCUGAUAAUAAUUGGAUGGCUUAUAGUUCGAUCACACCUAUUGUUCAUCUGGUCAAAACUCGUGGUGAAGAUGCUGUUUUAGGUUUAGGUUUAGAAGAUCAUGAACAAGAAGCUCUUGAUUUUGGUAUUGAUCGUUGGGAAAGGACAACUUUUGGGAUUUGGAGUUUACGAUUUAGUAGUGAUGGUAAAGAGCUCAUAGCUGGCGGUAGUCGUGGUCGCAUCAUUGCAUAUGAUGUCGAAAGAAAGACCUGUUUGCUCAAUGUAGUGGGACAUUCAAACGAUACCAAUGCAGUUGAGCUGUCUGUCCUUCGCAUGCUCUUCCUAUGUUUUGCGGAUAAAACAGAUCCUAAUAUCUUGGUGUCAGGUUCUGAUGAUACAUAUGCCAAGAUAUGGGAUCGUCGUUCACUUCAAAAUGCACAACCAGCAGGAGUACUGGUAGGUCAUACAGAGGGUCUCACUUUUGUUAGCGCUAAAGGAGAUGGUCGGUACAUUGUCAGUAAUGGAAAAGAUCAGGGCGCAAAACUUUGGGACUUGAGAAAGAUGAUUAGUGGAGAAAAGUUUAAUGAAAUGGACAAAUUGGAUGUUUCUAUCAGAGGUUGGGAUUACCGUCAUGGUGUCUACGAUAGACCGAUAUGUCGAGAACAUCCAAAUGAUUGCUCAGUAAUGACAUACCGAGGUCAUUCUGUAUUACAAACCUUGAUUCGAGUUCAUUUUUCACCACCCAACACUACUGGACAACGAUAUAUCGCAUCAGGAUCAUCGGAUGGGUUUAUACAUAUCUGGAAUCUAGAUGGUACAAUAGCACAAGUCAUCAAUCGAUCACAAACAGCACCACUCCUCAAGUCAAAUGGAUCUGGGAAUAAAUCAGAAUUUACAGAUCCAUUUGAUGUUCCGAUUCCAAUCGAUCAAAGAAAACGAAAUCUUAGAAGACAUACACUUUAUGGAUAUGAAUCGAUGACUGUUAGAGAUGUUAGUUGGAAUCCUAAUGAACCUAGUUUGGUUUCUACGGCUUGGGGUGGGAAUGAUGGAGCUGCUGGAUCUUUAGCUUUACAUCCGUUUAUGUCGGAUGAUAAGAAAUUUAAAUUAUCAUCUGAAAUUAAUCCUACUACAUCAUCAUCGAUUCAUCAUGAUGGAUAGGGAUUGAAUUCUUUUAUUUAUUUGAAACUUGGUAUUGAAUUGUUUUGCAAAAAAAAUGCUCAUGUUAUAUGUAUGAAGAAAAUUAUUGUUGUAUGAUUUUGCAGAAAAAUUGUUGUUUGAAUUUGAUUCUGUUGUACUACAAUUUAAAAAUUUCGGACUUUUAGUUUAGUCUUUCUUUGUGAAAGAAAAAUCAUUAUUAUUUUCGUUUUAGUUCGAUUAAUAGGAGAGCUAUUAUUUUGUAUUUUUGGUUUAUCAAGAAAUACAUUUAGUUUUUUGUUUUG